AUGGCACAAGAAUCGUGGCGUAAAGGUUUCGAAGAAGAAGGAUUUGCUGUCAUUCCUGACGUCAUAAGUCAGGAAAAGGCAGUCGAAUACCAAAAUCGCGCCUUCGGCUGGCUCAAAUCAUUCGACAACCCCUCGCUCGACUUGCAAUCCCCUUCUACAUGGACGCCAGAAAAUCUGCCCUUCAUUUCCGGAAUCAACACUCUCAAUCACUAUGGAGUUGUUCACGAGAAGUUCAUGUGGGACAUCCGUCUCGAGCCCGGAGUAGUCGACGUCUUCUCUAAGAUAUGGAAAACCAACAAGCUUAUUGUCUCCUUCGACGCCCUGAACAUCACACUUCCGAGAAGGGCCGGUCAUGUUCCUCGUGAGAAGUGGCCCCACGUUGACCAAAGUCCGUACCGAAAUGGCCUGCAGUGUGUGCAGGGUAUCGUGAACUUAUCGGAGUCUGGACCAGAAGACGGAGGCUUGACCGUGUAUCCCGGUUCACACAAGGUGACAGAACAAUUCUUCCGCGAGAAUACUGAGCAAUCUGAGUGGACACGAAAAGACUUUUUCAGAUAUUCGCCGGAUCAGAUUGCUUGGUUUGAGAAGCGAGGUUAUCGUGAGCACAAAGUCAUUGCAAGGCCGGGGGACCUUAUUAUCUGGGAUUCGCGACUGGUCCACUUUGGCGCGGAACCUACGGCAUCAAGUGACAGAAUUCGGACCAUAGUCUACGUUUCAUAUGCGCCGGCCUCAUUUGCGACAGAAGAAGUGCUGGCUGCAAAAGCAGAGGCCUUCAACCGUUGGCUCGCUACCACGCAUUGGCCCCACGACAAUAUCGUUCUGAGAACAAAUCAGCCCACUCUCCCUGAUGGAACCAUUGAUAAGAGGAGGUCCGAACCUCUUGAGAAGCCAGAGUUAAGCGAUGAUCUGCUGAGACUUGCUGGGAUCAAGGCAUACUAG